CUACCAGGUAUUCUUUAAAGACAGAUCAUAGAAACAUUCUGCUGGUGAGACGCUGAAUUUAAUAUUGGAAAAACUGGAUGUUACUUUAUUGUUUUUUUAAUUGUUUGGUGUGUUUUUUCUGGAAUAUUUUUUCUGAAGAAUACCUUAGCUCUUAGGCAGUUUGCUGCAGAGAUGUAUACAAAUAUAUAUUGUGGACACAGCAGUUCUGGAAACUGGACAGGCUUACCCAGUUUGAGGGACACGGUUUAUUGUUCAUCCGUCAAUUUCAUGGGCAAUAAGUUUCCUAAUUACUCCAGUUGACUGUUGUGCAGUUCUUGUGUAAGUGCUGAAGGGAUAUUGUGGUGGUUUGCUGUGUGUGUGUAUGUACCCACGCAUCCGAAUGUCUUGGAAGUUAACCAGAGUUAAGAUGCCCAGCGAGCCUAAGGAGGGGGGUGGGGCCGUUGCGCCCAUGACACGCCCCUCGAGGUCAGCCCUGCUCCAGAAACAGCCUGAGAUUGAGGAGGUGGAGGAAGAGGACACAAGCCCAAGCUCUGACCAAUCUGAUACUACCAUAACUGCAGGUUCUGAGGUUCCAGUACUGGUGGAGGGGGGCUCCCCAGAGAACGGCUCCCCUGAAGAUCAAAACCCCCCACAACCCAGCCAGCCCACACAGAACAAAAAUAAUCAUAUCUCUCCUAAGUUAAAGCAGCUGACACGAAGCGAGGCCCUGAUAGAGUGCCCCUCCCCGCCACUCGGCCCCGAAACAGUGAACCUGAAGAGCACGGCAAGCACUUGCUCAUCCGAUUCCUGUUCAAGUGGCAUCGGUACUAGGUCAUCUAUUACGUCCGGGUCAAUAUCGGGCUGCUCCUUCCCUGGACGACUGGAGAAGAGCGGGUCGCAGAGCUCGGAGGCUGGCACCUCCUCCAGCCUGUCCAGAGACUCAAGCGUGGACACUCCGUACAAGGAUUCUACGGGUAUCGAUCUGGAGGAUUUCAUCAAGAAAACCCUCAACAAAACACCAAAGGACCGCAACAUGCUUAUCAAGCUGGAAGUUGAUCUCAUCAAGUUUAUACGAGAACCAAAACACCAUUAUCUGAAGUUCAACCAGAUGUCCUCGUAUGACCGUAUGCUGGUGCACAGGAUCGCUGCUUUCUUUGGUCUGGACCACAAUGUUGAUCAGACGGGCAAGUGUGUCAUCGUCAACAAAACAGCCAGCACUCGAAUUCCGGAUUUUUCAUUCCAAGAACACAUUGCCAAGGGUGACGACUCUAAACCCAUGAUGUUAUUAAAACGAGGGGGAAACAGCUUCGAUGAUAGUAUGUCUCGGAACUUACAGAAGCCAAACAUGAUGAACAAAGCUCGAUCGCUGGAGGAACGGCAGCAGAAUUAUGUUGAGGUGCGCAACAGAAUCUUUGAGGAUGAGGAGGAGGCUGCUGCAGAGGGUCAGCCAAUUGGUUAUGCACAAGAAGAUCCAAAAAUCAUGGGUAUUGUUAAGAAGAUGGAGCGCCCCCAGAGCCUAAGUAGUUCAAGGGAUGACCAGCCCUGGAGCAGCUGCGACAGUAGCGGAUAUGGCACAGACAGUUCUGGCAGGCCUACACGCAUUUUUGUGCCUAAGGCCAACAGUUUCGGGGGCACUGGGACCUUCAUGCUGCAGAAUCUCAAAUCACCCAUGAGGGGAAGCAGUCUUUCAAAAGCAGACUCCCUGAGCAUGCAGUAUGGGAUGCCAGGCGGGCUGAUGCGGCCAAUGCUGCUCUCCUCGCCCUCAUGUCACCAAUCUGACGCCUCCUCCAUCUCAGGGGCCAGCUCCUCCGGCCCUGUCGGCCCCGUUCUUCAGCAGCAGGGUUCGAUUCCGGCACCAGGUCAGCAGGUGUACUGGGUGGCUUCUGAUCCGGGAUCUAUCCCGGCUGGCAGCGUCCUCAUCAACCCACAGACAGGUCAGCCAUUCCGAAACCCUGAUGGUACGAUGCACAAGUUCACCCCUGGCCAGCCACUGCCAUCACAGAGUCCUUCACAGAUAUACCAGUCACCCCAUGACUGGACCUCGCAGGAGCUGGAAACAUCUGAAAUGUGUCAGCAGCUGUCAGUAGUGCAGCUGACCCCCCAGUCCUCUGUGGAAAGUGGGGGAGGGGGAGACCCUGGGGUUAAACCUCCCCAGCAGACCCCCUCACAACCCAACCCAGGGGCGCAGGUAUUCACUCCGCAGGCUCAUCAACAGCAGCAGCAGGGUGUGUUCUACCAGACUUCCCAAGGAGUGCCUGGUCAGGCAGGUAUCCGCUACAUGUGCCCUGUAAACUACUGCCCCGGCCCUGGGCACGUCCCCCAGGGGCAGAUCGGAUACAGCCCAACACCAGGGGGAGUCCAGCCUGACAGUGGGGCUCAACCCGCACAUGCGCAACAGUUUUGUCCACAGUAUGGCAAUCAGAAUAUUUCGGGAAAUACGGUGUACAGUGUAACCUCACAAGGUGUUAUGGCCCAGAGUUGUGAUUAUCAGUGUCUGUAUAAUGUGACUAGCCCCACGGAUACAAACAAUAGUGCUUAUUCUUCAUACCCAGUGUCAUAUAAUAGCCAGCAACAGACAGUCGUUGCGCCGAACCAGUCUCAAAUGUAUUAUACUUAUCAAAACCCACAACAAUCAAACACUGGUCAGCCGGCACAAGGGUAUAUGUACACGGGACAGAAUGGCAUCACAUAUCAAAGCUCGAGCCCGCCUAGUCAAAACAGCACAGUGACUCAGAAUGUGAACAUGACACUACAGCAGGCUCAGGUCCAACAGCCCCAGGGUGUUGUACAGGGUGUGGGUUUGGGCUCCAAUGUGACAGUGACCCCCUCCCCUGGAGCCCACUACAUGACCUUCCCCUCUCCCCAGGGGGCCAUGACGAGCCACAAUCCACAUUUCCACCAACAGCAGACAUUCACAUCGCCCAUAAGGCCCGUUGCGCCCCAGUUUGUUCCCAUGGCCCACACUGUGCCCAUGCCCGGGCAUGCCGCCCAGGGAAUGCCCCUAGCCCAGCCCUUCCACCACCCCCUCUCGUACCGCCCCAAUAUGCAAGUUCCUAUGCAGAUGCAGCCAUCUCAGCCACCACAGCAGCCUUUGGUGGUGCCAGGAGUGAGUAGGUCACCCAACGGGCAGGCUGGCCAUGUGACGGUCAGUGCCCGCGGGCUGGGUGAGGCUGGGGCAUGUGAAACAGACACGGGGGACACCCAGGCAACAUUUAGACCACAGCAACACUCACAAGGUGAGAUUCGGCUACAAUACCACCCCGUUAUUCGCACCCCCAACCCACCCAUACUGCCUCAAACUAGAAGCAGUCCCAGUACCAGUCAACCUCACAGUUUGCGGUCUUCCCAGCCAGGAGAUGGCCCCGUCCCCCUGACAACCCAAGACUCAGGAUGUGGACGUGGGGUAGUGGGUACGAGCCACAUGCUGGAGGUAUGUGACUUCUCCCCCCGUCUCACCUUUACUGAUGCCCCUGGGGUAAUGGCCCCCCUGCUGGAGCGGGGUGGGGCCCUCAAGCUGCUGCCUAUUGCCCCCAGAGAGGGGCUGUCUGGGCUCACGGACCCCCCACCCACAGGGGGCCUUAUAGCCCCCAAUCACCGCCUCUGUGUUGUGUUUCCGGACCCCGGCACUGCCGCUCAAGCACUGAAAACACAUUCUAAAAAAUCAUACAAACUGAAACUAUUAGACUUUAGUAUAUCGGACACUUGUGUUUAGCGAACCACAGAAAUGACGAUGAAUGGUUUGAGUGCCAUUGUACUGAAUGUGGAUUAGUGGAUUUGAGUUUAUAAUUGUUCUGUUGAAAAGAAUAUUUUUAUAUCUAAAUAGUUUUAUUGCCUUUUUUACUUGUUGUUUAUGGUACAAAUUGUGUUUGAAAUUUAAGAAAUUGUGAUGGCGGCACCUAAAGUUUAUACUAUUAAAGUUCUUAUGUUUAUUUUUUUUACAAAAUUACUGCUAAGCAUAAUAUAGAUCAGAACGUUACCGCACAAUGAUAUUUAAGCUUAGAUUCUAGUAUGAAUACAAAUAUUUAAUAAUUGUUGAAAUGACAAGGUUCCCCACUAUGCUAUGAAGUGUCAUGAAUGUAUACUCCGUUGUUAUAUGAUUACAUUUUCACCUGUUGACUUGUGAAUUUUUACCUGUGCAAUUACUGUUUACGUUACUGUAGAUACAUUGUUAGCAUUAAUGUACACUGUACACAUGUGAGAGUUAUAAAGGCAUAUUGUGUGUGUGUCAUGGCCUGGGUCCGUCAUUCAAUGGGUCUUGGUUCGAGACUCUGGCUACAAAAACUGAAUUCUUAAAUGUAUCAUAAUGUUUAUAAUGUAGCUUCUUUUGACAAAUGAUGUGUGUCUGAUUGUAGUACAGGCCCUAUUUUCUCAAAAACUUUUUUCAGCUUAAGAGAUUUAAGUAGCAAUUAGCCCAAAUGCAUACUUAAAUAUGAUUUUGAUAAAUGAAGAAUGGUUUAUUGUCAUAAUGAUAAAGAUAUUUCCAAUUUAAAGUUGAAAAACCUCUUAAGAAGAAAAUAUUAUGCAAAUUGUAGAAAAAAAAUAGUGAGCAUAGCUUAAUCUUGUAAUGAUGGACAUUUUUGAGAAAUCGUGGCCAGAUUAUUUGUAACACGUAGACCAGUUUUUACCAUCUUUGCUCCUAUAAUAGCAUUUAACAAUGGAAUUCAAUUUAGGCUUUUCUUAGGCCUAGAAAAAAAAUACAUUUGGUUCGGGUUACCCGACCCUACCUACGAAAUAGGCGCCGACCCUACCGUUUUUAUAGUCAGUUUGAAAAAAAAAAUGAAAAAGUAAAAAAAAAAAAAUAUAUAUUUUUUUUUUUUUAAUUGCUUUUCAAUAUGUAGUUUAAAACUUUAAAUGCUUACACAGAAGAUAACUUUAACACCAUUCUGCUUUGAUGAAUAUGGCAUUCUUAUAUAAACCUAAUAAUAAAAAAAUAAAAAAUAAAGCCUACCUACCCUACAUAUUUUUGAAAAGGAUGUAGCCCUAACCAAUUAUUUUUUUAGGCCUUAGUUUGAGUCCCAUUUACUUAAAUCUGCAAAUAUUCCAAUUUAUUUCAAUCUUUAUAUAAAAAAACAACAGUAAUUGAAAUGCUUGCCAUAUAUGUUGCUAAUACAAUGUUUAACAAUUAUUGACAUAUUUAAUGUCUUAACCCUUAGGUUGCUGAUGGCAAUUUUAAAGGGUUUGCAAACAGCUUGGAACCAGACCACACGCCGAGUAACUUGGCGCCUGGUCAGGUUCCAAGCUGCUUGCAACUCAGUCAAUAUAUGCCCAAAGUUUUAAGUAAAUUGAAAAAAAAAUAGAAUAAACCAGACGACAUUUUUGAGCAGACGACAAUUUACCCAGCAUGCAAAGGGUUAAGAAAUUUCAUUAAAGAUAAUUUAUGACAUUCAAGAAUUCACGUUUUUGUGUCUUGAGCCUCUAACUCAAAUUCAAGUUGUUAGUGAAUAUGGACCCAGCAACUCCUAGAUCUCUAGUGUUAAUACCCAGGAAUUGUUCAUGCCAUUUUUAGAAGACACAUUUGUUUAACCAAUCUUGUCUUGUGUUCAUGUAUAGUGAUCCAUUUCUCAUGAAACUUUUCAAAUCAAUGGCCCAUUAAGUAAUUGUUAAAGGUAAGGUUUUUAUGAACGGGCCUGGAAGCAUUUAAGUGAAUAAUGCAUACUAGUUGCCCUUAAACCAGCUUAGUGUUUGAAUAAUAAUUCGUCUACUGACCCAGCCUCUGUUUGAAUCAACCAUUUCACAUGAUUAAAAUCAAUAAUGGCUGACUGCAGAAGAACGGAAAUAAUUGUACAGUAAUUUUAAGAAAAACUGCCAUCCAAUUGGAUAAAAUUUAAUUUUGAACAAUUAAUGACUGUUGAAACAUGUUACUCAUAAUAGUAUUUGAUGGAAGUUUAUUCAUUUUAGGCUGUCUGACAGUCGUUGUCUUUCUAAUACUGAAUUCUAUUUCAGAGGUUUGGAUAUGUUGAUGAUUUUACAGUCUAUUGAUAUGUACAUUGAGAUAAUUAUUUUUAUUUAGCUUAUUUUGUUGUUCAAAAAAGAAAAAUGAAGACAUAAUAUCAAAGCCUUGGUGUUGUCGCAGGCGUUGUUUCUAAAAAAAAAAUGUUUACCAUAACUCCAUAGUACAUUCAAGAUGAUGAAAUAAGAAAUAUAAUUUGGUAUAAAUGUUGCCAGAGACAAAACGCACAUGAUAAACAAGGCCUAUGACUCUGGCAUUAACUAUUGUUCAAUUAUCCCCCUUUUCAUCAGAAAAGAAUAGGCGAGUGUUGGCGUUCGCUAGGCAGUGCUCUUGACAUGCUUUUCCCUUACUUUUUCUACCAAAGAAUAUUUUCCUACCAACAAUUUCACAACCAGUAUUUACGUCACAUUUGCUACAAGCUUAUAUUGCUCGAAGUCAGUUGGCUUUCAAAUCAGCUUUAUGGCUAGUUUAGAAGUCAUUUUCCUUAAACUUUUACUGAUUUGUAGAAAAUAUCUGUAUUGUUGAUUUGCAUCUUAAAUAUUUGGGUUAUAUAUCUGCAGUGUUUUUGAAAUAUUGCAUUAUACUGGGGAAUGUAAUGUUUUAACUGUAAAACGAAUGAAGAUAACUUGUAAAACAAGUGAAGAUCACCUUUGUUUUGUUUUUUAAGAUAAAAAUUAAGUGAUUUGUUUCCAUAUUCCUCAUUCAGUGAGGUUAACUGCAGUUUGACUAUAUUGAAAAUAAGAAGUCAGUCCCUUUCUGCAUAUACAGCUAGUUGUGUAUAUCUCUAUUGUUUAGUGGCUGUUAUUGUUCAACUACUUCUGUACCACCUAAUCCACCAACACCUCCACAUCAACAUCCCCUGUCCCUUCAGCCAUCCACCCUAACCACCCUGGUGGGUAAUAGCAAACAAGGUUUUAUACAACUUGAAAUACAUGUACACAUGUACAGAAGCACUUGGAAUCAUUUUGCUUUCACCGCACCACUGGUCCAGUUCUCGUGUAUCUUUUGUGUCAGUGCAAUACACAUUAUGGUCAAUAUUCAUUCUUAAACUCAUCAGAUAUUUUCAUUUGUUUUUCUAUAUUUGCUCCAUUUCUGCUGUAUAGCCAUUAUGUUAAUUUUUUAAAGAUAUUAAACCACUGUUUGUUCUUACAAGAAUUUGCACAUACACAUGUAUCUUCAUUUUAAGGCCUUAGAUAGCAACAUACAACCUUUUUUCCCUAUAAAGUGUUAUUAUCUUCUGUAGGACUAUCAGUUUGAAUAAAAAAAAAGAAGAAAGCUUCUUAACAUAACAAAGACCAAUUGUGGAGCCUUAUGAAGACUGUUUCAAUAAAGAUUGUAUUCUGAAAGUGAAGUCAUCUUUGGAUAUAUAUUUGCAUAAGUUUUAUAUUUUUCGUAGUUAAACCAGAAUUAACAUUGAAAACACUGUUGAGAAAACAAAAUAAAUCAACUUUUUACUAUCGUUGACAGAAGUUUCACAGAUUUAUCAUUUUUGUAGUUUCAAAAUGCUUCGAUUCUUUAUUAAAACAUUGCCAAGGUGAAGAUGAAUAAUACUUGUGUCACAUCUGAAGCCAGUAGAAUUAUGUCUGUGCUUACUUGGUAAGGAAGUUGAGAUCUACAUGUAAACAUUGCUUCAUACAUGUGUUUUUUGUUAUUGAAUAUUCAAGGUUGUCGAAUGAAUCUCAAAAAUGCCUUUCUAACGAUGUGUUCAGGAAAGCUGAAGUAGCUACUGUACCUAUGUCAGUGUGUUUUUUCUCUCAAUUUAUUGUGAAUGGGGAGGUGCCCUUUGAAUUGCAUAAUUGUGAAACUACAUUGUGAAAAGCUACAUGUAGCAGCCAAUUGGAUAAUUGUCCACGGGUUAUCUUUAGGCCAGUCUGCACAUUUAAUGAUUUGAUUAAGUAUUUGCUUUGGUUAAAAUUAGCCAAAAUAUUUAAUGAUUGGUCAAUAUUUAUCCAAUUAUUAAUAUUGACCAGUCAUUAAUAUUUUAGCUAAUUUUAACCAAACCAAAUACUUCACUAGUUUUAUAUGAUUGGCUGCAUCAGCCAGUUACAUAAAACGAGUUCAUUAUUUAGUUUGGUUAAAAUUAGCCAUUAUGAAUUUAAUUGGUUGAUAUUUAUCCAAUUAUAAAUGUUGACCAAUGACAUUGCUUUCAUGUGCAAACAAACCAAAAGACAACCCGUGGAUAAGUUACCCAGUUUUAUACCAUUGGCUGCCGAUGAUUAUUGAAACAUUGCUUAAAAUAGGACUUACUGUGACUUCAAUGCUAGACUCACAACCAAGAGAGAAGGAAUGUACACCAUUCCAUGAUAAAUUCAUGGAGAUAUAUAUCUUUGGAGGAACUUGAUACGAAAUAUAAUAAUAUUCAGAAAUGUCAAUUUUGGUUAAACAAUAUUUAUUUCAUUUUUACACUUAAACAUAAAACAUUUUUUUGUGCAAAUUACAAUAUGACAUAAAAAGGGAUGAACGAAAACAAAAUAAAACCAGGUUGCUACUUGCACUUAAACUAUUCACACUGUUCAGAAUUGAGAAUGAAGCAAACAUGCUCAUUUCUAGUUAAUCUGAACUUUGAUACCACUUUUUUGGAGUUAUUAAUGUUAGCUAUAGAAAAACACUGUAUAUUUGUACUUGUUAACUAAUGGAGCAAAUUGGCAUAUAAGCUUAAGUAGAACUACAUGUAUCCUAAAAUGGCCGAUAGCUUGAAAUGGCUUUAGUCAAUGAAUAAGUCAUACCCUUACCACUGGCUUGAAUACUAUACUAGUAUUUUUUAUUAUUAUUUUUUCACAAUUACUUUGAAGUCCUGUUUGUUGUUUUCUUUAUUUUAAGAAAAUUUCCGACAUAUCAGGUAAUUACUUUGUACAUUUUUGUUAAGUUUUCAUUAUUUUUCAUUCCUUCAAUACAAAAUGCAUGUAAUUUGUAGUUGACAUAAAUAGCCAAAAUGUAUGCAUUGAAUGUGUGAUGCUUCACUAUGUUAUCAAGAAAAUUGUCAUACGAAAUCUUUGAACUAUUACAUCAAUAUUUGCUUGUCCUUUUUUGCCGAAAAAAAUGUAUUCUCAUAGACUUGAUGUCGUGCGAACACUUCAACCUGAUAUGAAAGUCACCUGGUAGAAAUUUGCAUAACUCUGGCUUAAAUGUAGAAAGUCUGAUAACUCUGGCUAAAAUGUAGAAAGUGUCAUAACUCUGGCUAAAAUGUAGAAAGUCAGAUAACUCUGACUAAAAUUUAGAAAGUCUGAAAACUGGCUGAAAUAUUUUUCAAGUUGAUAAAAGAAGUCCUAGAGCGAAAACAAAAACAGACGAGCGCUGGCAACCGCUUAAAUGCUCUUGUACAACUCUGUAUUAUGAUAUAGAGCACAGUCCCAAUCUGUUUAUGACAUAUAAGUUAUAACAAUGAUCCUUUGUAUGUAUGUAUGUAUGCGAUGCUGUUUCGUUCUGUUACCAUGUGUUUAUGAGGCUGUUCCGUUGUUAUGUGUAUAUUUGUACGUUGUUGAUGCCCUCCCGGUCCGUUUGCGGGCCCUGUUUGGUGUAGACAUCUUAUGCAGAACGAAAUAAAACAUGAUGCACUU